GCUCUGUUUUGUUCUCAGGUUCUUUCAGAUGGUGCUGAACCUCAGACCCUGAACACAGCACGUGAAACCUGUUCAUAUUAUUAUUAUUAUUAUUAUUAUUAUUAUUAUUGUUGUUGUUUUUGUUAAAUUAAGCUGUGUGGUGCAGCCCGACAUCAACAAUUUGUUUUAGAAAGUAUUUGUAAAAUUUUUAAUUUGGAACAAAAAAAAACACAUUAAAAUAAUCUGAGAGACGAAACACAAGAUGGGUUUCAGUGAGCUGCUGCAGGAGGUGGGCGGGUUUGGCAGGUACCAAUGGAUCCAUGUGACUCUGAUCAGUUUACCUGGUUUGCUGAUGGCGAGUCAGAACCUGCUGAACAACUUUGUCUCAGGAAUCCCCUCCCACCACUGUCGCCUGCCGGCCAAUCACAGCCUCUACAACAUAUCCCACCUUCAGGUGGAUCAGCAGCAGCUUCUGAAAGUUUUCAUCCCAAUGGACUCGUCAGGAACAAAACUUGAUCGCUGCCGCAGGUAUGUGGAGCCUCAGUGGCAGCUGUUAACCACCAGCCCAGGGAACGUCAGCCAGAUACAGACAGAAGGAUGUCUGGAUGGAUGGACAUUCGACAGCUCAGAGUUCCUCGCCACGACUGUGUCUGAGUGGGACCUGGUGUGUUCCCUGCGUCCUCUGAAACAGAUGAUUCAGACCAUCUAUAUGGGAGGAGUUCUGGCAGGCGCCAUCAUCUAUGGCGGUCUCUCAGACAGGUUUGGAAGGCGGUCUGUCCUUAUUUGGUCAUACCUGCAGCUCGCCAUCCUUGGCUGUAGCUCCGCCCUCUCUCCUUCGUACUCCGCCUACUGCAUUUUUAGGUUUCUGAGUGGGAUGGCGGUGUCCGGCAUCAUCCUGAACGGAGUCUCACUGAGUACCUGUCCACCUGUCCACCUGUCUGUCCUCCUGUCUGUCUGUCUGUGUGUGUGUCUGUCUGUCUGUCUGUCAUUCUGUCCAGAUUUUCAGCGACUGUUGGGCCGUUUUGUUGACUUGUGGGAGGGGCUGUUGAUGACUUGUGGGAGGAGCUGUUGAUGACUUGUGGGAGGGGCUCUUGAUGACUUGUGGGAGGAGCUGUUGAU